AUGCUGCCCUUCACUCUAGCCACUUUGGUAUUGUUGGCAUCAAUCCCUGCACAGGUUUCUGCAGUUACCACCAUCCACCAAAAGGGGUUCUGUUCCUUCUAUGAUGAAUGUGGGCGGAAUCCUGAAGUGUCUAGCAGUUUGCUUCCACCAAUCACUGCAUGUGAGUACAACGGACCAGCUAAGAAGCUAAGUGGAACCCAUCUGGCACUCCUCAAGAAUAUUUGUCCCAUGCUGUAUAAGGGGGAUAACGAUACUCAUGCAUGCUGUUCCAUCAAACAGCUACAGAGCAUUGAAAAGAGCUUCACUUUAUCCAAAGCUAUCUUAAACCGUUGCCCAUCCUGUGCAGCUAACUUUGCCAAUAUUCAUUGUCAGAACACUUGCAGCCCAGACCAGAGUACAUUUAUCAAUGUCACCCGUACAUUUCCUACCAACGAAACAGGUACAUCUGAGAUGGGCUUGUUGGAGUAUCAGUGCUACUAUCGCAGUCACUUUGCAGAGAGGUCAUUUGAGUCAUGCCAAAAUGUAAGACUGCCUGCUACAGGGGGAUUUGCUAUUGCUACGAUGUGUGGUAGAUAUGGAGCAGAGCUGUGCACCGCACAGCGUUGGUUGGGUUUCCAAGGGGACAUCAGCAAUGGGUUGGCUCCUUUAACCAUUGAUUUUAAAUUGCUGCCCAAUGACACAGAAGUUGGAAGUGGCAUUGUUCCACAUAGCAGCAAGGUGUGGAGUUGUAGUGAAGGUCCUGGAGGGGACCCUGAGAAUGCCUGCACCUGCCAGGACUGUACGGAGUCAUGUCCCCAAAUCCCGCCUCUGGCUCCUCUUCCUGAGCCAUUCAAAAUUGGGCCACUGGAUGGAUAUUUGGUGGUGAGCAUCGCUAUUUGUGCUGCACUAGUGCUAUUCUUUCUGAUAUUUACUGUUAUUCAUUGCUUUGAGAACUUAUACAACAAGAACAAAAAGAAAAAGGAAAAACCAGAACUAACUCAUGAAAGCCUGUCCUGCUCAGAGAAACUGAGCUUAAAUACUAAUAAGUCCAUGGCGAGAGCAUUCCGAUGGUGGGGAACCAAGGUGGCAUCCUAUCCCAAGACAGUGAUUGGGAUUUCAAUAAUUAUAGUAGCUAUUCUUUCAGUUGGUAUGGUUUUUAUCAAGUUAACUACAGACCCGGUGGAACUGUGGUCUGCUCCCAAAAGCCGUGCCAGACAGGAGAAGGACUUUCAUGAUUCCAACUUUGGACCAUUUUUCCGUACAAAUCAGCUCAUCAUUACUGUAAAGAACCGUUCUGCAUACAGCUAUGACUCUCUCUUCUUUGGAAAGUUGAAUUUCAGUGGGAUCCUCUCAGAUGAUAUCCUUUUAGAAUUAUUGGAGCUGCAAACCAAGCUGCAGAACAUUAACGUAUGGUCAGAGAAACACCAGAGAAAUAUAAGCCUGAGUGAUGUCUGCUAUGCACCCCUUAACCCCUCAAACCCUUCUCUCAAAGAUUGUUGCGUUAACAGCUUGAUGCAGUAUUUUCAGAACGACUAUGCGCAUUUCACCCUGGAAAAGAAUCAGACAGUUUCAGGGCAACGUGGGGUUGUUGGAUGGAGGGAUCACUUCCUGUACUGUGUCAAUUCUCCACUGUCGUUUAAGGACAUUACAGACUUGGAGUUAAGCUGCAUGGCAGACUAUGGAGCGCCAGUCUUCCCCUUCCUUGCUGUGGGAGGUUAUGACAACAACCAAUAUUCUGAAUCUGAGGCUUUGAUUCUUACAUUGUCAUUGAAUAAUUUUGCCCGUUCCGACCCUCGAUUUGACUAUGUGUUGCUUUGGGAGAAAGAAUAUCUGGAGAUUUUGAAGGAAUAUAAGACAAACCCUAAGAGUAAUCUGUCUUUUGAAUACAUGGCUGAGCGAUCCCUGGAGGAUGAGAUCAGCAGGACCACUACAGAAGACAUCCCAAUUUUCACAAUUAGUUAUUUGGUGAUCUUUGUGUACAUUGCAUUGGCCCUUGGAGAGUACAGCAGCUGUUCGAGAGUGCUGGUGGACUCAAAGGUGACUCUCGGUCUGGGAGGUAUACUGGUCGUUCUGGGGUCUGUUCUGUCAUCCAUGGGGUUCUACUCAUAUCUGGGGGUCUCAUCAUCACUCAUAAUUGUGGAGGUGGUCCCGUUUCUUGUAUUGGCUGUAGGAGCAGAUAACAUUUUCAUCUUCGUUCUGGAACUGCAGAGAGAUGAACGGAAGGAAGGUGAAAGGAGAGAGGAACAGAUCGGGAGAGUCUUGGGCAAUGUGGCACCCAGCAUGUUACUCUGCAGCAUUUCUGAGUCCCUCUGCUUCUUCCUGGGUGCCCUCACACAGAUGCCAGCUGUUCGUACCUUUGCCCUAAAUGCUGCCCUGGCCAUUUUGUUGGAUUUCCUCUUGCAGAUCUCCAUGUUUGUGGCUCUUGUAUCUCUGGAUAGUAAAAGACAGGAGGCCUCACGAUUUGAUAUUUGCUGUUGCAUCAAAGCGAAGAGGGAAAAGCCUAAAAAGAAAUCAAAAGGGCUGCUGAUUCCCUUUAUGAAAAAGGUGUAUUGCCCAAUUUUACUGAAUCCAGUCAGCAGGAUCUUGGUGAUGAUUAUUUUCAUAUUCCUCUUCUGCGCUGGGUUAUUUUUUAUGAUGCAUUGUCGUGUGGGUCUAAAUCAGGAGCUUUCUGUACCACAGGACUCUUAUGUCCUGCAGUAUUUACAUCAUCUGAAUGAUUAUUUUGAGGUUGGAGUGCCCACUUACUUUGUCACCACAUCCGGGUACAAUUUCUCUAGUCAAGAGGGGAUUAAUGGUAUCUGCUCCAGUGCGGGGUGCGAUGGCAACUCUAUGACCCAGAAGAUACAGUAUGCAACUCAGUAUCCAAACCGUUCUUACUUAGCAAUCCCAGCUUCGUCGUGGGUGGAUGAUUUUAUUGAUUGGCUGAAUCCUUCCUCUGACUGUUGCCGGCUAUAUUUAAAUGGAACGUUCUGUUCUUCUACAAACCCAUCCCUUACUUGUCUGAGAAAGUGCCUCAAGAAUCCAGGUGGGCCACUAAGACCAACAUUAGAGGAGUACGACCAAUAUCUACCCAUAUUUCUAGGGGAUUAUCCAAAUCUAAAAUGUCCUAAAGGGGGCCUGGGAGCUUAUGAUAAUGCUGUGAGACUCAAUGACCAAGGAGUGGUUACAGCCUCCCGAUUCAUGGCGUAUCACACUCCUUUAAAGAACUCUCAGGAAUACACAGCUGCCCUGAGAUACGCAAGAGAACUUGCUGCCAACAUCACUGAGACACUAAGAGAAGUGCCGGGUACAGACCCUGAAUUCACUGUAUUUCCAUACACGAUCACAUAUGUGUUUUAUGAGCAAUACCUGACUAUUGUAAAUGAAGGAUUGUUCACAAUAGCAGUCUGCCUUGUUCCCACUUUCGUUGUGUGCUGUAUCUUGCUGGGUAUGGAUCUGCGUUCUGGCCUCAUUAACCUAAUCACCAUCCUUAUGAUUAUAGUGGAUACAGUUGGUGUCAUGACCUUGUGGGGCAUCGAUUACAAUGCAGUCUCUCUCAUUAACCUGGUGACGGCUAUUGGAAUAUCCGUAGAAUUUGUCUCUCACCUUACGCGCUCCUUUGCCAUCAGCUGCAAAUCCACCAAAGUGAAAAGAGCCAAAGAAGCUACAAUCUAUAUGGGAAGCGCGGUGUUUGCUGGAGUAGCUAUGACCAACCUUCCAGGGAUCAUCGUCCUGGCCUUUGCUAAAGCUCAGCUUAUACAGAUCUUUUUCUUCCGUCUCAAUCUUACCAUCACUCUAUUGGGAUUAGCACAUGGGCUCAUCUUUUUGCCAGUGGCACUCAGUUACUUUGGCCCUCAGACUAACCGAGCCAUUUUAUUGGAGCGUCAAGAGGAGGAAUAUAAAGAGAAGCAAAUGAAAGAAAAUAAAGUAACAAAUAUAUACAGCAACACCGUUUUUAAAGGAGAUGAAUAAAAACUUACUACCUAGCGCACAUUAGGUGAAUGCAAGAUUUCAACAGCAUUGAUAAUCUCACAGCUGCAAAGUGAAGAGGACUUCCUGAUUAUUUUGUGAACAUUUUAACGAUGGCUUCUUACACAGAUACCUCUGUAAUCUCUGCCAAAAACCGCUUCUAUUAGUGAUGUCACUAUACAUUACUAAACAAAUGUUAGUUACAGAUGCACUAACCAAUAUUUUUCUAGGUGUUAAAUCAUAAUUGUGUGUUAACAGCUAGUUGGUUUUUAUGUGUACAAAUUUAACUGAAAUUUAUAUCUUAAUGCAAAUUGUGAUAUUGUAUCAUCCUUUGAAUAGUUGUGCAUUAAGAAGUGCUUAAAGGGAUACUGAACCA